AGCACCCAUCCAAACUUUGUCUGACGCAAAAGCAUAGAGAGCGAAAAAUGAGUUCCGCUCAAGACCAAGUGAAACCCUGCCAUGAAGAAGAAGAAGAAGACCCAUGCCUCAAAGCUCUGCUGUACUCUAGCUCUCAAGUCUUCCCAAGGAUCCUGCACGCCGCGGUCGAGCUCGACCUCUUCGGGAUCAUAGCCCGAGCGGGCCCCGGGGCCUACAUCUCGCCUCUUGAGGUGGCCGCCCACCUCCCUGCCCAGACCCCCGAGUCGGCCGAGAUCAUCGACCGGGUCCUCCGUUGCCUCGCGAGCCACUCGCUCCUUGCGUGCAAGUCCGAGACACUCGACGGCGGGAGGACUGUGGAGAGGCGGUACGCGAUAUCGCCGGCCGGGAAGUACUACGUCAGGGAUGAGGAUGGCACCUCCGUCGGCUCGCUCUCUCUCUUCGCCUUCCACCAAGCUACCAUUGACGUCUGGCUCCAAUUCAAGGAAGCAAUUUUGGGAGGAGGAGGCAACUUGUUCCAAAAGGUCCAUGGCAAGACCAUUUUCCAGUGCAUGAAGGAAGACUCGUCCCUGAACAAGCACUUCAACGACGCGAUGGCCGGCCUCUCCACGACGCAGACGAGGAAGAUCCUCGAGGUCUACCACGGGUUCGACGGGAUCAUGACUCUAGUUGACGUCGGUGGCGGAAAAGGCGCGACACUUAACAUGAUCGUCUCAAAGUACCCCUCGAUCAAGGGCAUCAACUUCGAUUUGGCCCAAGUCAUCGAACAUGCCCCUUCCUAUCCCGGCGUGGAGCACGUCGGAGGGGACAUGUUCCUGAGUGUCCCGGAGGGCGACGCGAUCAUGAUUAAGGGCACGUGCCACAAUUGGAGCGACGAGUCGUGCAUAAAGUUACUGAAGAACUGUCACAAGGCGUUGCCGGCGAACGGGAAGGUGAUCGUGAUGGACUUCAUAAUGCCAGACGAGCCGGAGGAUACAAUGGCGUCUCGAUACGUGUCACUGCUCGACAACGCCAUGUUGAUCCAGCCAGGAGGGAAGGAGAGGACCGAGAAGCAGUUCGAGUACCUGUGCAGAGAAGCAGGAUUCACAGGCUUUAAGGUCGCUGCCCGAGCUGUGUCUGCACUGGGAGUGAUUGAAUUCACCAAGUGAUCGAAUGAAAACUCCAUGAUGCUUCUGAUACGAUGUUCUUCUUUCUUUUCUUUUUAGUCUCUGUCGGAUUUGUACCUCUUUGUCCAGGACCAGGUGAUCUUACCUUGUGUGCACGAAGCAAAUAGGCAUUGUGGAAUUUAAUGAAUAUGAAAUGCUAUGGAAGGGACUUUUCUGCCAUCAA